AGUCUCAAUUUUUAUAGCAACUGAGCCCCGAAGUGUGGACAACACUACGUUUUACAGCAGCGGUGUAGUUGUGGUGAGGCGGGAGAAUGGUUUUGGCAAAGGGCCUGAGGCCCGCGCAGGUUGUGUUGGGAAUAUUAGCAGUGCGUAUUCUAUCCGUUUUUUUGGUGCAAACCUGGUAUGUGCCUGACGAGUACUGGCAGACUUUGGAGGUAGCGCACAAACAUGCAUUCGGCUACGGAGCACUAACCUGGGAGUGGCAGAAAGGCAUAAGAAGCUACUUAUACCCAAGCAUUGUAGCAGUUUUAUACACGAUUCUUAAGUUCACUGGACUUGAUUAUGUGGAUGCAGUGGUUUUGUUGCCACGCAUCUUACAAGCUAUUAUAAGUACUGCAGCAGAUUAUAGCUUUUAUAAAUGGACUGGCAAGAGAAAAUGGGCACUGUUUUUAAUUUUAUCAUCUUGGUUUUGGUUCUAUACAUCUAGUAGGACUCUUCUGCAGACCUUGGAAACUGCUCUGGUGGCCAUUGCAAUGUCCAUCUUCCCAUUUAAAGCGGGAAAACUUGGUUAUUACGAAAAUGAAAACAAUAACUGGAUAUGGCUGGCUUGUUUGUCAGUGUUUGUGCGACCGACAUCAGCUCCAAUAUGGCUAGUUCUCGGAGUUUACAAUGUCAUGACAACCAGACAGGGACGACUCAAGCUUCUUUUAAGAACCUACAUGCCUAUUGUAGUUCUAUCGGGUGGAGCUUUAGUGGCUCUGGACUCAUACUUUUAUGGUAGACUGAUCAUCACUCCCUGGGAAUUCUUCAAGUUUAAUGUGCUUCAAAACAUUUCCUCUUUCUAUGGCAAGCAUCCAUGGCAUUGGUACUUAUUACAAGGUCUUCCGGCAGUACUUGGUAUUAAUAUUGUCCCAUUAUUAUGGUCAAUCGUAUCAAUAGCCCAAAGGCCAAAAGAAAAUAGAAUUGGACUGGUCCUGUUAGCGGCCGCUUCCCUGCAUAUUGCAGUACACAGCUUUAUACCGCACAAGGAAUUCCGGUUUAUUUUGCCUUUGGUUCCGAUUUUUCUGUAUUUAAUCCAAGAUGUCAUAGUGCCCUGGAGUAGAAAAGCCAAGAGAUGGCAGUUAUAUACAGUGGCUCUUGGCAUACUCAUUGGAAAUAUAGUACCCAGCAUUUAUUUUGGUAUGGUCCAUCAAAGUGGUACAUUAAAGGUGAUGCCUCUGCUAAGAGAGGCAUUACCAAAUAAUCGGUCUUCCAUCCUGUUCAUGAUGCCUUGCCACUCCACUCCUCUGUAUAGUCACCUACACAUGAAUGUGUCAACCCGCUUCCUCAAAUGCGACCCGCCGGCCGCCGCGCAGGUCUACGAGUCCGAAGCGUUCUAUCACAACCCGCAGCGCUGGUGGCGCUCGGAGUACUCCACCAGGCAGACGCCUUCGCUGGUGGUGUUGUUCGACGUGCUGCGAGGCAGAGUGAAGGACCUGCUGGAGGGAUACAAGCUUAUACAUGAAUUACCUCACACACAGUACCCAGAAGGCGAAGUAGGAGAAAAAGUGCUAGUGUACCAGAAGAUAGAAAGACAAGCGAGUGCAACAACAGAUGAAAUUAUUCAAUGAUAGAAGUAUAGAGAAUAUUUAACUGUUAGUAAAAUAUUCUUUACCUGAAUAGUUGAUAUGGUCUUUUUAUUGGACCUAAUUACUAUUCAAACUACAAUCAGGUUGAACAGUGAUGGUAUAAUGUUCAAAAUAGAUUUUUUUACAACUAUACGUUUUUAUUGACUAAGUAGAUUUUAUUAAAUGGUAGUUUACUAUACAAAAAAAAAAAAGAUAAAAUUGCCAAUAAUGAAAAUAGUGUAAGUAGUUAAGUGUAAUGAUUCAUUAUUCAUAUUUAAAGCAUUUU